AUGAAGGCAUACUUGCCGCGUACGGCAGCGUUCGCAUGGGCACCUGCCAAUGCGGAUGCAAGCUGUCCUAUGCUGGCGACCGGUACUGUUGCCGGUGCGCUGGAUGAAAGCUUUAACAAUGACAGCAUUCUGGAACUGUGGAACUUGAAUACAUCGGCUGAGGAGGCGACACCUACACUAACGCCCAGUGUCGCUGCCUCUGUCAAUGCCAGUGCCCGCUUUAAUCGGCUUGGGUGGGGCUUUGCGCAUAAAGACAAGCCGCAUGGCCUGUUGGCAGCCGGUCUCGAGAACGGUGAGGUGGGCGUGUGGGAUGUAGGUAUGCUGCUAAACCCCUCGACAGCGCCUCAGUCGCAAGUGCUGCGGAACACGAUGCACAAGGGCUCUGUGCGUGGUCUGUCUUUCAACCAGCCGCAGCCUAACUUGAUCGCGACAGGCUCCGUCAACGCAGAGAUCUACGUUUGGGAUCUCAAGUCCCCCGGUAAGCCCUACACGCCUGGCGCUCGCUCGCAGCACUUGGAUGAGAUCUCGAGUUUGGCAUGGAACGGUCAAGUGCCCUAUGUCCUGGCGACUGCCUCGACCAAUGGAUGCACGACAGUGUGGGAUUUGCGUCACAAGCGCGAGAUUGCGGUGCUGCGCAACGCGGCAGCGGGUGGUGGCCCGGGCGGUACCGGUCGCAGCAUUAGUGCGCUGGCAUGGCACCCGCUCAGUCCUACUCGUGUCGCCACAGCAACAGAGGACGACAGCAACCCAGGCAUUGUGCUAUGGGAUCUGCGUAACUCGCGUGCGCCCGAGUCAGUACUACAUGGCCAUCAAUCUGGCGUCUUGGGUCUGUCAUGGUGUCGUCAAGACGAGAAUAUGCUGCUUUCGUGUGGUAAGGACAACCGCACAUUGUGCUGGGACCCACAGUCCCAUGAAAUUGUGGCCGAGUUGCCGCCACGUACGAACUGGGCCUUUGACGUGCAAUGGAAUCCGCGGAACCCGAACUUGCUGGCCACGGCAAGCUUUGACGGCCAUGUGAUUGUGCAGUCUUUGCAAUCGACGAAUGCAGCAGAGGAACAGGAUAUGGUUGCGGACACACAGAACAUGAACGCUGAUGACCUGUUCACGGCCCUCGGCAGUGCGCCCCCUGCAGCCUCGGGUGGUAUGCCACUCAGCGUCGCGCCCAAAUGGCUUCGUCGUCCUAUUACGGCUUCGUUUGGGUUCGGUGGGCAACUGGUGACUGUCCCCAAGGCGGCACCAGGUCAACGUUCUACUACGGUGCAUAUUACCGAGAUUCGGACGGAGCCGCACAUUGCUGCUCGUGCCCAGGCCCUAAGUGCAGCGCUGGAUGAACAGACGUUGGAGUCAUACUGUGCGGCGCAAAGUGUGGACCCUGCUACGCGGCCUGCGGAUGUGACGAACUGGAAAGUGCUGCAGACGUUGUUCCAGGCGUCGUCGCGGGAUGAGCUUGUCGAGCUGCUAGGCUUUUCCAAAGAGCAAGUAUCUGCACAAAUCCAGGAAGCGGUCGGUACGCUGGGCCUUCCUGAGUUUGCGGAAGAGGAGGCCCCUGCCACAGAUGAGACCAAGGGCGAGGCUGACGUGGACGGCGAAGCGGCGGCGGAUCCGACGGCAUUCUUCGACCAAGUGCCGGCGGAGCUGCCGCCGCCGCCGGUGCCUGCUGAGCCGUUCCGUCUGCAUCCUCACGGAGCGCAGGAUCCGGAUCGAUUGGUAACCCAGGCGCUGAUUUUGGGCGACUUUGAAAGUGCUGUGUCGCUUCUCGUGUCUCAGGACCGCUUUGCGGAUGCGUUGGCAUUGGCUACACGAGCGGGCGACGACUUGCUCGUGAAGACGCAGCGUGCAUUUUUUAAGCGCCAUGCGUCGCGAUUGCCGUACUUGCGCCUGUUGAAGAGCAUCGUCAUGGAAGACCUGACCGAUGUGGUGCAGUAUGCUGAUCUGGCAGAAUGGCAGGAAAUCUUUGUUGUGCUCUGCACCUUUGCCAAGCCGGAUGAUUUCCAGCGCUUGGCGGAGAUGCUGGGCACGCGCUUGGAAGAGCGGUACCUUGCUCAACUGCAGCAAGGUGCGCAGCGCGAAGCGUAUGUGGACCGCAAGAAUGCCGUGAUGUGCUACCUUGCGGCGGGCCGUCUCGAGAAGGUCAUGUCGAUGUGGAUUGAGGAGAUGAAGGAGGAAGAGCAUGCGCGGCAGUCGGGUGCUCACGUCCAAGAAGAAUCUGCGUUCUCGGCGCAUGCAGAGGCACUGCAGACUUUUAUGGAGAAGGUCAUGGUCUUCCAGCAUGCUGUACAGUACACAGACGAGGACCUCACUGUCCCUCCGCCCAACGAAGAUGGCACAAUGCCCAUCCGCACAUUCAAGUUGGCACCACUCUAUGACUAUAUUUUAGAAUACGUCAAUGUGCUGACCGAGCAGGGCUUGGUCGACAUUGCCCUGAAGUUUGUCGCGCUCACCCCUGCGGAUUAUGCCCCGGCAGGCAUGUCAUCCACCGGCGACGCCGAGUGGGCGCAUGAUCGUCUGCUGCGGGCCAGCCAGGCCCAGGGCUACGACUAUGCGUCGUUGUCUACCGUGUACAACCAGCCGACUACGUCGUCGUAUGGCGCCACGUCCUACGAUGCGGUGCCUUCGCACGGAUACUCUCCCUACGGCAUGCCGACCGCUACGACUUCGGCCAUGGCGCCGCCGCCCCCACCGCCGCAGGCGACGACGGUACCUACGGUGCCGAUGCCGGCGCCCACAGCGAGCAUGGCGCCCGAGCCUAUGGCCCCUUCACCGUAUGCGCCGUCGUAUGGCACAUCGCCUGCGGCGCCAGCGUACAACCAAGGCGCUUACAGUACGCCGACAGCUAUGCAAGCGCCGCCUCCCCCGAUGGUGGGCGCGCCUCUGGCUGGGGGCCCGCCUAUGAUCCCGGAGCCGAUGCAGCCUAUGCAGGCACCUCCGCCACCCCCGCCAGCUGCCCCGCCUGUGCAGCGUGACCAAGGCGGAUGGAACGAUGUCCCUGCAGCGACCAAGCUCCCGCCUAAGCGCCAGGUAGCUCCGGCGGCUCCGCCGGCCACAGCGUCGGCCAUCACGUCGCCGUUCCCGCAGCAGGCCACGACCGCGCCACCGCCAGGACCACCGACACGCGGCGGUGCGCCGCCCUCGACAGCCGCCACCCUGCCGCCGCCGCCACGUGGUCCGCCGCGACCCAGCAGCGCGGCAUCGUCGCACAUGCCGCCGCCGCCGUCGCCUCGGACCGGCCUGGGCAUGGGCCAUCCAUCGUAUCAGCCGGAUGCGAUGAAUGGGCCAGGCCGCCUUGGUGCUGAUGGCCAGGCGUACAUGCGCCCUCAAACCCCGACCAUGCCAGGCCGUCCGAACGGCGGUAUGCAGGCGACGCCGCAACAGAGCUUGCGGCCGCAUCGCACAGGUCCUGCUGGUGGUGCGUACGCUCCGCCUACGCACCCGGGCCCUGGCAUGCGCGGUCCUUCGGCGGGUAUGAAUGCGCCCCCCAUGACACCACGCACGGCAAGUGCUCAUUCGCAGCCACCUCGUGCGCGUGGUCAGCCGCCGUCACGCACCGGCACUCCGGCUGGCGGUGGCUUUGGUGCGCCGCGUUCCGCGACGCCAAGUGGCCAAGCGCCAUCGGGCCACCGCCCUGGAUUCCAGUACCCGCGUGGAGACCGAAGUCACAUUGCGCCACCGAUGCGUCCUGUCGCGGAUACGCUCACAAGUGAACUCCAGCGUCUGCGGUCGAUUGAUGCACAGCCUCGUCGUAUUCUGGACGAUGCAGAGCGCCGUGUGCAGCUCCUCUUGGACCUGCUGAACAAUCAACUUGUGGAUGCAUCGCUCCAGCCCCUGCUCACACAGCUCGCGCAAGCGAUUCGGGCACGACAGCAGCCCCAGGCUCAGCAGUUGCACGUGCAACUCGCAACGAUGGCGUCAGGCGAUGUCGCGACGGCGUUGGUCGGCGUCAAGUUUAUUAUCGCCAAGUUGAUGACAUAG